AUGGCGUCGGGGUCGGCGCCGCCGCAGCCGCCGCCGGGUAAUCUCAGGUCGUUCAUCGUCGGUUGCCGGCGGCACUUCGCGGUGGUGACCAACCGGGCAGACGAGGCAGCGGAGUGGGUGGCGGCCGUCCGCCACCUGCCCCUGGUGAAAGUCAGGUUGGUGGGCUUGUCUUUCAUGUGGGGCAAGCACUCCCAGUCCGGCGGCAGCGGCGUCCUCUGGCGAGUGGAGUCCAUCCACUUCUCCUUCCUUGCCAGGGUCCUGGUCUACUUCCUGGGUCAAGAACCCUUCUCCCCCGCGGUCAUGGAGUUCCUCCGUGACCCAGAGAAUCUCUUCGUCGGCGGAGGCCUCGUCGCAGCCUUCGACGAACUCGGCGUGGGCCGCCGGCGGGAGGCGGCGCCGCCGCGAGUGGACCUCCUCGACGUGGGCCGCAUCUGCGGCGUCGCCAGCAUGGCCGCCACCGCCUACGGCAUGGGGCAUCUGUACCCGGCGCUGGCCGAGGCCAUCCUCAGAGACGUCGACCUGGGGCUCCUCCGGUCGCCGGAGCUGGGGCGACAGCCUUGGCAGUGGCCGCUGAGCGACACCCAGAUUGAGCUCGCCGUCCAGACCGCCGUCAUCUCCCAGAGCCUCAGCCAUCGCGCCUUUGGCCGACUAAAGAUCCUUCUGUAG